UUCCUUUUUUGAAAAGAUUAUUGCUUCAGCAAACUUCAUGCUGUCAGAGCUCUUUCAGUUGGAUGAGCCUAAAAAAGAGGACAAUACAGACUUCCCUAUAAACGGAAAUUCUGAUGAAAGUUAUAGUGAAGAAGAGGAAGAAAUGCCAGACAGCGAUGAAAAUGGUUCUUACAGUAACAGUUCUGAUCCACCAGAUGACAAUAAAGCAGUGGCUAUAAUAAAAUCUGUAGGAGAGUUAUCAGUACCAGAAAAAUACAAGUCUGUUCAUCGAAUACGUCCUAGUUGUGCAUUUCCUGUCUGCCAUGGUGCUGAAGAACGUUGCAGGCUUGUGCUUAGCUACGUCCUGGAGGGCUUGAAGUCUGUUGACAGCAGUGUUAAAAAAGAGAGUGACCUUCCUGCUGCUGACCCCAGCACACCAAUCCCAUUGAAAUAUGAGGAUGAAUCCACCAGUGGUGGUCCUGAGUGUCUGGAAAAACAGAUGGCCUUAUUUUUAGACAAAAUGGGCUCAUUUCAGAAGGAUAAGCAUUCCAGUCAGUCAGGAAUGAUUCCUGGAUCGUGGCAAUAUAAAAUGAAACUCCAGCUCAUUCUGAAAUCAUCAAAGGCUUAUUAUGUCCUGUCUGAUGCUGCUAUGAUUCUACAGAAAUACGGGAGAGCGUUACGAUACAUCAAGCUGGCUUUACAGUGUCAUGAUACUUACUGCUGUCUCUCUGCCAGCAUGCUUCCUGAGGUGCUAGUGUUUCUUUGUCAGUGCUUAACGCUUUGUGGAGAUAUCCAAUUAAUGCUCGCUCAAAAUGCCAACAACAGAGCAGCGUACCUUGAAGAAUACAACUACCAGACAAAGGAAGAUCAGGAAAUACUGCACAGCCUUCAUAGAGAAUCCAGCUGCCAAGUGUUUGCCUGGGCUACUGACUUGUCUACAGACUUGGAAUGCCAACUUUCAGUCAGCUGCAAAUGUUACGAAGCAGCUUAUGAAAUCUUACUUUUCAGUAACUUGAAGAAGCAAAAUCCUGAGCAGCAUAUACAGGUGCUGAAGAGGAUGGGUAAUAUCAGGAAUGAAAUUGGAGUAUUUUACAUGAAUCAGGCUGCUGCUGUGCAGACUGAGAGAGUGGUGAGUAAGAACGUAUCAACAACAGAGCAGCAACUGUGGAAGAAAAGCUUCUCUUGCUUUGAAAAAGGCAUUCAGAACUUUGAGUCAAUUGAUGAUGCCACCAAUGCUGCUCUCCUGCUGUGCAACACAGGAAGGCUCAUGCGAAUUUGUGCUCAAGCUCACUGUGCAGCUGAAGGUGACUUCAAAAGAGAAUUUUCUCCAGAAGAGGCCCUUUAUUAUAAUAAGGCUAUUGACUACUAUCUGAAAGCACUAAGAUCUCUUGGCAAGAGAGAGAUGCAUCCAGCUGUUUGGGAUUCUGUGAACUGGGAGCUGUCUACCACUUACUUCACUAUGGCAACUCUACAGCAGGAUUAUGCUCCAUUAUCUAGGAAGGCUCAGGAACAGAUAGAGAAGGAAGUCAGUGAAGCCAUGAUGAAGUCUUUGAAGUACUGUGAUGUUGAUACAGUGUCUCCACGGCAGCCUCUCUGCCAGUAUCGUGCUGCAACCAUCCACCACAGACUUGCUUCAAUGUACCACAGUUGCCUCAGAAACCAGGUUGGUGAUGAGCAUUUGAGGAAACAACAUCGCAUACUUGCUGAUCUUCAUUACAGUAAAGCAGUAAGACUCUUUCAGCUCUUGAAGGAUGCACCCUGUGAACUCCUCCGUGUGCAAUUGGAAAGAGUGGCAUUUGCAGAAUUCCAGAUGGCAAGUCAGAACAGCAGUGCUGGGAAGUUAAAGACAUUGUUUGGGGCCCUGGAUAUAAUGGCUAAAACCAAGUGUGCGUUCCAGCUUAUCAGAAAAGAGCUUGCAGCAGAGAGUGAGCAGAUAAGCAAGGGUGAGAGUAAUGCUGAGAGUAUAUCACCUAACGAGUCCUCCACUGCCCUUAACAAGGAAGAAUUAAUGAAACUGCUUAGUAUUUUUGAGUCUAGAAUGUCAUUCCUUCUCCUCCAAUCUAUUAAAUUGUUAACUUCAACAAAAAAGAAAACUGGGGGGGUUAAUGAAGAAGAAGUCACUCUUAAAACAAACAAGCAAGUUUACUCUCUUCUGUUGCGUGCAACUGCUAACAAAAGUAUGACCCUGCUAGAGAGAAUAGAGGUAAUCUUAAACCUGCUGGAGCAGCUGUCUCAGAAUAGUGAAGCCAGUAGUGGUGGAAUUUAGUGACUUCAGUGCUGCAAAAGAGCAGAAACAGUGCCUUGUGAAUGCAUGGGAUCAGUGGUAUUUUUUUCCCAUGUGGUAUUUGGAUUUAUCAAAGGUGAUAAGCAUAUACUGCCUGCGUGGUUAACACAGGACACCUGGGAAAGAGUAGGAAUUCCCUGUGAACCUGUGAUAACUCUGGCGUGGUUUGGUUAUUAGCGUUUCUUUGUUUGAAAUGCAAAGUUGGGGUUCUGGAUACAAACUGAACUUUUUUUUUAUCUUGGAGAAAAGCACAAUUUUUCUCUUAAAGGUAAUGGGCUUUGCAGCAAUGCAGACAUUUUGCGUAGAAAUACAAGCUCACAGUUGCUCUGUUUGAUAUUUAAUGAGAAACUUCGUAAGCAAAGCUUUAUUGGAGUACUUUAACAUGAAACAAAAUGGUGCAAGGAGAUUUCUGUUGGAUGCGUGGAUACAUUUCUCUCAUUACAGUCACUUUUCUGCACAAAACGUGUGCCUUCCUUGCGUUGGUGCAAGGUUCUUGCAUUUGCCAUUGCUGGUAUUUCGUUUGCGACAGGAGGUGAAUGAUCUUAGGUGUGUUGGAAUUGAUCCAGAAUAGACUUGAAACUGUGAAUAAAAGCAUAUUUUUAAAUAAAUAUUUAUUAAAUAAA